AUGGCCGGCCCAGGAUGGGAUUUCUACAAGGCCGAGAUCGAAAGGUUAUACAUUUACGAGAACAAAACACGCGAGGAAGUUAUGAGCUUCAUGGCAACAAAAUACUCUUGGAAAAAAAGUGGUGCACAGUACUCUAAGAAAUUCAAAGAAUGGGGGAUAAGAAAACAUUCAAACAAAAGGGAAGACCAAUGGAUUGCCAGGAGAGUGGAAAAAAGAAAGCGGGAGAAUGACAAGAAAAGCGAGGUCUUCGUCAAUGGGGUUCAGAUCCACCCCGCAAAGAUAGCAAGAUCGAGCUACAGAAAGGGCUUUUUGACCGAGUAUUCACGACGUGAACCUUCUCCAAGCACCCCCGAAGGCUAUCUUGUGGCCACGCCCGUAUCACCUGGCAUACGGAUUUCCUGGACUGAUUCUCUUCCGUGGAUGCGAUUCAUGCGUCUAUUUCAACCCUCACAGAAUGAAGAUGCCACCCCUCUCUCUCCCUCUGCCUCCUCGCUCGUCUUAUACUCGUCGCAUAAUGGCUCCGCAGUUGCCAAGGGUAUGAAUUUCGAUCUGAUGCAACAUUUGAGCAAGAUUAUACCAUGGAAUAAACUACAACAUCCUCUCAAUGUACACAGUGCCUCCCGUACAUCGGCUGCUCUAAGUAUUCUCAUGCCAGAAAGUGAGCCUGGUCAGCAUGACAUCUUAUCAGCGGACCUGAGUGUUUCGAAAACAGGCAUUCAGCAGCAUAUGAAUGUGCUACUCUACCUUAUCUCUAAUAGCCUGACUUUACUGGAUCCUGGAGAUACUAGGUGGCUCAAGAGCCCGAUCAAAAAUGAUGAACCAGUCUUGAGAAUCCUCCAAGAUACCGGUUGGGAUGAUUUAGAGCAUCUUCAGAUUCUACUUUCGACUCGCGAGCCAACUGCCGAGUCUAUCACCGAAACACUGUUUGCUGCUGCAAUAAGACGGGGAAAAUUUGAUAUCCUGCAAAAAAUGCUCCAGGCAGGAAUGAACCCCGAUGGAUUGAUUGAAAACUUUUUAAUGCUGGGUAAUAAGACCUUCUUUACUCCUUUGCAAUUUGUAUCGGCAACAGACAGAAGUGGUCAUUCUAUCAAUAUUUUGAUUUCUCACGGUGCCAACGUGAACUACUCUGACGAGUUUCACAAAAGAACUGCACUCUAUUAUGCCAUUGUCGCAGAAAAUGAGACUGCAAUUCGUCUACUUUUGGCUCACGGUGCGACAGUGACAUGGGAAUGUGCUCGUGCAGCUACUCGUGUCUCACAUUUCUUUUCCGAGCAUUUCGGUGAAAACAUACUAGACAUCUAUUUCGAUCAAGAUGUGGGGAGGCAAUGGGAUGAUACAAAGACGCUUGAACUUGCCCUGCGGGAUGCAAACGUGCCUAUUGUUGAACUUUUUCUUGCCAAGGGGGCCAAUUUGAAUGAGCUGUUGACUUCAUACAGCCCAUUUGGUCAGACUACUGUGCUAGGUAUUGCGGCCAGCACCGGAAAUCUCACUCUCGUACGACUUUUGCUUCAUAUUUCUCUCGACGAAUAUCCAUUCCUCCUUCCGCCGAAUUACAUCUCCCCACUAGCCUUAGCAGUUGAAAGAGGCUAUGUUGAUAUCGUUAAAGUCCUCCUAGACUCGGGCGCUGACAGCCGAGCUGCUGACGAUGGUGAAAAAACGUUACUUGAGCGUGCUGUUCCGCAGAGCAAUCUUGCUCUUUGCCAGGUGUUAAUUUCUUACGGUGCUCAAGUUGACAGAAAGAUGCUCGAAAGCCCACAAUAUCCCUCGGCACUCAUGCUUGCUGUUGAAAAAAAGCUCAUGAGUAUUAUUGAUCUUUUGAUCAGCUCCAAUGCUCGAUUGAAUGAUGUUCUGGACGUGGACCCAGGAACUAUCCUUGCAGCUGCCAUCGAAACUGGAGAUGAGCGUGGUGCCAAAGUAACAGAUAAUGCUCUGAGGGAAGCUAUCAUGGGAAAUAGUGACCUUCUACCAACGUUGCUUUUGAAGUUCACGGGAUGUGCACCGACAGCCGUUUUGGUUGCUGUGUCCAAAGCCUCAAUGAGUGAUCUCAGAUUACUUCGAGAAGCAAAUGUCGAGCUAGGAGGAACUCCUCAAAUGUCCUAUCAUCAAUGGAAGCAGAUCAAGAUCACCUACUGCCUACAUAAUCAUCGUCUCAAGCCUGAGUCGGUACUUGAGAUAUCAGCUUGGAAAGCUGAUGAUGAUAUAUUCAAAUAUCUUCUUGAAUGGGCGUCUUCAGCACAGAUCGACUGGAGUCCAAAGUCGGUAUCCCAUGCUUUGACAAUUGCAAUAUUUAAGCAGAAGCAAUUUCAUAUAAUUGAACUAAUGCGGCUUGAAUCGGACUUGAACUGCGCGCUCACCAAUGAUUCUUAUUCCCCAUCCUCGUUUGUCGAGGAAGCAUUUCGGGAAUCUACAACAUCCUAUACUCCUCUUCAAGCCGCUGUAAGGACACAGCAAGUAUCGGUCGUGCGUGAUUUGAUAGUUUCGAAAGGAGCUGAUGUUAACUACUUCGAAGACGGUAUUUUCGGAAGGACACCAUUGCAGCAUGCUGUUCAGCUUGGAAAUAUGGAGAUUUUCAAUCUUCUUAUAGAGCAUGGUGCCGAUAUCAAUGCUCCCGCUGCUGAAGAUGGAGGGGCGACUGCUUUACAGAUUGCGGCCAUUCAAGGUUACAUCGGAAUUGCGCGAAAGCUGCUAGAUCUUGGUUCCGAUGUCAAUCAAGACCCAGCCUGGAAAAAUGGGCGUACAGCUUUGAUGGGCGCCGCAGAACAUGGCCGUAUUGAUAUGUUACAAAUGCUUCUGGACGAAGGAGCACAGGUUGUGGGUGAAUAUGAAAGUUACUAUUACGAAUCAGUCGCGCUUGCGGAGGGCCGAGGCCAUUACGCUGCGGCUAGACUUUUGAAAUCGUUCAAGGACUCAGUUGAAUCGGGCACUUGA